CAAGUUUGGAGUUACGUCGGAUGGGCAGAGGUUGCAGAUUCAUUUAAUUGAGCACAAGAUUUGUUUCCAACAGCAUAUUUGAAGUUGAGACUUGUUUCUUUCAAUGAAUAUGGGUACAAUAUAAUUUGGUAAAGAAGAACACAUGUGAAAAACAGUAAUCAUCUUCAUCAAGGUGGAAAAAUAUGAAAGAAUGUUGCCCAAGUGCCAGAUUUUUGCAGGGUGUGGAAAAGGUCCUGGCUACAAGAGUCCACUGGAAGCUAUGGAGGGACCUAGGGAAAAAAUACUUUAUGUCGUUUGUAUUCAACCUGAUUCUUAUAGGUCAGGUAAACCAGACUAUCUUGCUACAGUUGAUAUUGAUCCUGAUUCCUCAACAUAUUGCAAGGUAAUAUCCAAGUUGCACAUGACUCAUGUUGGGGACGAGCUCCAUCAUACAGGAUGGAAUGCUUGUAGCAGCUGCUAUUGUGAUCCUACAAAGUCCAGAAACCGUCUUAUUCUGCCUAGCCUCAACAGUGAUCGUAUUUAUAUAGUUGAUGUAGGAACAGAUCCAAAGCAGCCAGAGUUGUUCAAGGUUAUUGAACCAAUGGAAGUUCAUACAAAAGGAAGAACAUCUGCUCCUCAUACUGUUCAUUGUCUUGCAAGUGGUGAAGUUAUGAUUAGCUGCAUGGGAGAUCCAGAAGGAAAUGCUAAAGGAUCUUUCAUCCUGCUUCAUGGAGAAGAGUUCUUUGUGAAAGGAACAUGGCAACAGGAGGAGAACUGCACUGAAUUUGGCUAUGAUUACUGGUAUCAACCACGACAUAAUGUGAUGAUAAGCUCAGCAUGGGGAGCUCCAAAUGCUUUCAGAAAGGGAUUCCAUUUGGAAGAUGUUGCCCGAGGAGAUUAUGGCACUUGCUUGACUGUUUGGAACUGGAAAGAAAGAAAACAAAUUCAGAAACUUGAUUUUGGAACUGAAGGAAUCAUGCCUCUAGAAAUACGAUUUCUUCAUGAUCCUGAUGCUUCAGAAGGGUUUGUCGGGUGUGGCUUAUCAGCAAAUGUUUUCAGAUUUUUUAAAAAAGAGGAUGAAUUGUGGGAUUUUGAGAAAGUAAUUGAUAUACCACCUAAAACUGUAGAUAACUGGCUGCUUCCUUCAAUGCCUGGUAUUAUAACUGAUAUAUUGAUAUCACUGGAUGACCGUUUUCUCUACUUCAGUAACUGGACCUAUGGUGAUAUAAGACAGUAUGAUAUAACAAGCACUAGGAAUCCUAAGCUUGUUGGACAGAUUUUUCUGGGAGGAAGUAUUUGCAAAAAUGAAAAAGUUUUUGUAACAGAUGACCAAGAACUAAAAGAACAACCUUUACGACCUAGAAUAAAAGGAAAACCAGUGAGAGGAGGACCACAAAUGCUGCAGCUAAGUUUAGAUGGGAAGAGACUUUAUGUAACUGAAGGCAGUUACAAUUUAUGGUUCUUUUAUCCUACUAUGCUUCUACAUGGUUCCAUGAUACUUCAGAUUGAUGUUGACACUGAGAAAGGAGGACUGACUUUGAAUCCUGAUUUCCUUGUAGACUUUGGAGAAGACCCUGAUGGUCCUGUCUUAGCUCAUGAGAUGCGAUACCCUGGUGGUGAUUGCACUUCUGACAUUUGGAUUUGAAAUAAUGAAGUUUUUAAGUUUAUAACUUGGAUCUAGAAAUUUCAAUUUUAUAACAAUUUACUUUUGUAAGUGCAGAGAGUAAAAUCUGAGUAUAAAUCUAGGAUUCUGAAUUGUGCUUUUGUCUGAGUUGAAACCAAUAGGUCAAUAAAACUCUUUUGUUCUAGUAAAACAUA